CUCAAAAAGUGCUUUUGAGCCUCUCAAGCAAAUUAGGGCAUCCAUGGCUUCUUCCUUUCGUCGACCUCGAUCGAUCGGUCGCCUUCUGGUAGCGCUGGCAGUGCUGAUGGCAAUCACAGUGACUCGAGUCGAUGCAAAUUUCCAGACGUCUGACUGGUCUCUCGCCCAUGCCACAUUCUACGGGGACGAGACCGCGUCCGAAACCAUGGGGGGAGCCUGUGGAUAUGGCAACCUCUACAGCACCGGCUACGGGACGGCGACCGCGGCGUUGAGCUCCGUGUUGUUCAACGAGGGGUACGGGUGCGGCGGUUGCUAUGAGAUACGGUGCACGGGGGCGACGGCUUGCUACGCGGGGAGCCCGUCGAUUGUCGUGACCGGCACGAACCUCUGCCCGCCCAACUGGGCCGAGGCAUCCGACAACGGCGGGUGGUGCAACCCCCCGAGGGUGCACUUCGACAUGUCGAAGCCCGCGUUCAUGCAGAUCGCCGACUGGAACGCCGGUAUCGUCCCGGUCAUGUACCGGAGGGUUUCAUGCCCUAAGACGGGCGGAGUCCGAUUCCAGUUCCAGGGGAACGCCUACUGGCUGCUGGUCUACGUGCUCAACGUCGGCGGAUCGGGGGACGUCUGCAGCAUCGACGUGAAAGGCGACAGCACCGACUGGAUCAGCAUGACCCACAACUGGGGCGCGUCGUUCCAGGCCUUCGCCAACCUCGGCGGCCAAGCCCUCUCCUUCCAGCUCACCACCUGCACCUCCCAAGAAACCCUAAUCCUCUACAACGUCGCCGACGCUGGCUGGAGCGUCGGCCUCACCUACGAGGGCGACUCCAACUUCUUCUAAACAAAUUUAGUUAAAAUUUUUUUAAAAAAAUCAAACAAAAAAAACCGAUCGAUCGAUCGAUCGACCGAUUUCGAUCGAUCGAUGUUGUCUUAUGUUUUCUAUAGUUGGAUCAUGUUAAUUCUCUUGAUCUCUCUUUAAUUCUCUCUUUUUUUGCUUCUACAUUUUGCAUAAAGUGAUGAGCUAGCCCUUAUAUAUAAUUAAUCACUUCACUUUGGGACUAAGGAUUCACAAUUAUAUACAAUGUUAACUACAGUUGUAUGAAUGUGGUGCAUCUAUCAUGUCCUGAUCCUUUUGUUUUCCUCUGAUAAUUGGCUCAUAUUUCACAGCAUAUCUAAGGUGUUAA